AUGGAUACUAGCAGUAAAGUUGAGGAUGAAGACAGAGAGAGCCAUGAAUUAAUGACUGACGAAGAUGAGUUGAAAUAUCAGGAGGAAUAUGAAGACUAUUGUGAGAAAAAAGGAUUGCUAAAAGAAUCAUUUAUGGCUUCUUCCCUUUCUAUCAACAAAUUUUUUCAAGGACCGGAAUUGGAUAGUAUAACUUCAAAACAAUUCCUUGGUGAUAAGGACACAGAUAAAGGGGUAAAAACGCCAAUGCUUUCAGAAAAUCAACCGAAUAGCAAUUUUCUUAGUACUCCUUCCUCGCAACCCUCCCCAAGGACGGAUGAGGCACUUGCUUAUGGUACGAAAGGUUUAGCUGGUUCAACAUUAAAUCGACUCUGGGUAGCCCUACUUGAUGGAAAGGCAGGAAUGCCAAUACGUCGGGCCGUUUGGGUUGAGAUCUAUAGUGGAGGUACUGUUCUACGAAUUGGGGGUGAACAGUCAGCUGACAAAUCGCAUUCUGAGCCAACAAAUCUUUUACCAACCUUUGCUGUAUUUUACCAUGGAGUACCACAAAGUGAUGUAAUUGAAAGCACAGGUGAUGAUACUGCAGGGGUUAACUUGUCUUCUGCCUAUUGCCUAUCGCUACGAAGUACACUUGUCGAAGAAUUGGGCCCCACUACUAUGCGCGUGGUCACUCAUUCCGGAGAGGGUCAUUCUCUUCUGAUAGAAGUACCGCGCCCCGAAGAUCUUCCAGCCUGGAUCCGUGCUUUUCAACGGUAUCCGACACAUGAUCCAGGUGGAAUUUCGCGAAAGAGUACUUCGUCCGAGCGUCUAUUGUUGCGGGGGGGUAACCUCAACACCAAUCAGAAUACAAGUAUAAAUUCAUGUCAGGAUGGAUCUCCUGUAGGAAACUGCUACAUGGGAUCUCUUUUAAGUGCAGAACUAUCACCUAUAGUCUCCAGACGACGCUCAUUGGAACCACUUUCUGAACUCUCUGAGUCAGCGGAAGAGUCAAAGUAA